AUCAUACUGUCUGUUUUCUUGGAUCCCUCCCUGCGCUGCCACACUGCCACUGCCACUGGCCACUGCCAUUGCUUGCCCAUAAAAUUUUUCAAACUCCUGAAGCUGCCUCCCCAUAUUAACCCAUCUUAUCCUCCCCCAAUUCCCCCCCGGCCCGUCGUCGGAGCGAGCAAUGUGCCCCCGAGCCACGGCUCAGCACUGCGGCGCCGCAAUGGCUAGCGUGUGCUCGUUCGUGGAGGAGGAGUACAUCGACCUGGAUCUCAGCUCGUGCGGGGAGUUCGAGUUCCGGGUGCGCCGGAGCGGCGGCGCGGCGGACGAGCUGCUCUGCCGGGGCAGGCUGGCGGCCGCGCCCCCGAGGAAGGUGCAGGACGGUGAUGCCGGCAGCGGCGGCUGCGGCGGCGCCGGCAGGAGGAGCGCCGCGACGGUCGCGCCGCUGCAGCACUCGCACUCCGCCGGGUUCCGCGACGCGCCGUCGCCCGUGGUGAGGCUGCGCAAGGAGGGCUCCCGGCGCAGGAAGGCCGCGAGGACGCUGCACGCCAAGCUGCUGGCGUCGCGGGCCUUCUUCCGGUCGCUGUUCGCCAGGACGUCUUGCUCCGACGAGCAAUGCCGCGGCGCCGGAGACGUCCGGCCCAGGGCCAGGGAGACGCCAUCUGGCGAGGACAAGAGCAGCUGCUGCAAGGCGUCGCUCGGCCAAAUCAAGGGCGGCUACCGCCAGGACCAGGUCCGCCACAGUAGCAGCGGCAGGGCAGCGCCGACCACCCUGCGGAGCAGCAUCGAGCAGGAGAAGCUGAUGGACGAGGAGGAGCUCGCCGCGGCCGCCGUCCGGCAGCGCAAGUCCUUCUCCGGCGUGAUCAAGUGGCGGCACGCCGCGGCGGCGCCUGCCGCCACGCCGCCGGCGAAGCCGCUGUCCUCGUCCUCGGCGCGGAGGAGCUCCGGGGCCGGCGGCGGCGGCGGCCCGGCGCUGAAGCGGAGCAGCAGCGCCCGGUCGGAGUCGGAGGGUCUGAUCCAGGGCGCCAUCGCCUACUGCAAGCGGUCGCACCAGCAGCUCGGGCUCGCCAGGAAGAGCGUCAGCGACGCCGCCCUCUGCUCCGCACCCUCCUGGCCUAGCAUCCCAGCUCGACCAGCCGUAGCUUACUGCCACUAGCAGUGACGUGUGCAGAAUGGAGUUCAAAAGUGAUCACGAUAAUAAUGUGAAGCCCAUCCUCUCUUUUCUCGCUAAUUACGAGUGCGAUUUUCAAAUCUUUUCAUCUCGUCUCGUGCGCCAAAUUCUUCAUCAGAUGAAAAAGAAAAGAAAAGGAAUUUCAGGCUCACAGUUUCAGAGCUGACCCAA